AUUGAGAUGCCGAAACCGACUCCGUUUCGUAACCGAUUCUGAUUUCGGAGCCAAUCCUGAUUUCGGAGCCAAUUUCGCUUCCGGAACCAAAUUUCGAAACCGAUUCCGGACCUUCAUUUUCAAAACUUCUUUUUUCCCAUCACUAAUUUAAACGUCCAAGCAGGCUACGAAAAGUGUGCGUGUGUGUUGUGUUGUUGUGGCAUCCCCACUGUAGAGCAGCAGUUCAGUGCAGUGAUACUAUUUCCCUCGUGCUUCCGCAAAAGUAGUACUACUACCUCGGAGUAACGAACGCAACGCUUCUGUGGCAAAAAAGCGCCAAAACAUAGCUGCCAUUCCGGAAAGCAGGCAGACGGCGACUCGUACCAACUGCGCAGGUACGAACGAUGCGUCCGCGGCAACACUCGGGUGAAUGUUUUUACCGCACAGAUGAUACUUUCGCCUGCCAGGAUCGGGUCGGGGGAGGACCAAACCCUUACAGUUAGUCGUCCGCUCGGCAUUCCGUCGCGUGUGUGCCCUUUUGUGUGGCUGAUUGCGGUAGGUUGUCCCGAUUCCCAGCAGUCGACCGGGGGUAUUCGUCGCGUUCGGAUGUCCGGAUCGGUUUUGCGUAGGACAACGACACUUCCGGUUGGUACACGCGGCCGCGAAUCUUACGUAUGCGAGAGCUUACGAUUCUGUGACCCAGACACAUGUGUGUCCUUUCGCUCAAAGGGGUGCAUAAACCAGUGUAAGUGAACGUGUGUGUGUGUGUGUGUGUGUGUGUGUGUGUGUGUGCGGUAUAUUACGACGGAAAGGAAUGAACCGUAAUCCGGGUGGCCCAUUACGGGUGAACAAUCUUCAUAAUCUUCCAUCCUUAGUGCUGUGUGAGUGUGUGUGUAAGCGAAAGGGCAGCUCAUAAGUAGCCCCGUUCCCUUCAAGUGACGACAAUCGCACACGUGUUUAUGGUUGCGGUGUGCGGUUUUUUUUUGUUGGUUGGAUUAUUGUACGACCGUUUGCAGGCAUUUGACACAGCCCAUCGUGGCCAGCCGUGAAAUCGUGAAUCUCCUCCAGAAGACGACCGACAGCAGCAUCUAGUAGCCACAGGGAUUUGUGAAGCUGAACGGCCCCCGACCGACCGACCGACCGACCUCGAACCGCGAACGUACCCUAAGAUGAUUGGCUUCACGGAUUGUGUGCCGAAGAGGUCGCGACGCUGUCGACGAAAUCAGCGCAAAGCUGUGGCUGCCGCUUGAUGGAGACGUGGAUUUGUGGUGACGGUUGUUUUCGGGGUUCGGUUGGAGGACAAAACCGUCGCUGCCAACAGCAGCAGCAUCGGCAGCAAACCGGUGGUUUGAAAUUAAUCGCACAAACAAUGGCUGCCUGAUCUUCGCGUGCUUACACACCGCAUAGCUCGGACGCAGCGCGCACGGGGUCGGACGAGCCACGUGCAAUGAUUUUGGAACCGUUGCCGUGUGUGUGUUGGUAAAAAGUGAAAACAGACGCUGCCAGUGGUGGAAUUGGAAACAGAAAGUGCCACAGAGCACAGGAAGAAAAUCUCAAAAGCAAAUUGAGUUAAAACCAAAGAAUAAGCUUCAGCACUAUCUGGAGGUUUGGGUCAGCCAUCGUCGGCACGUUGAUGCUGGACAGAACUGGAGUGUGUACAUCGAAGGCCACAGGUCGUGCUUUUUUAGGGUACAGAAAUUUAUUUACAAACAAGAAAACCCGAGACAACAGCGGAAUUAACGAGACCAGAUAGUCGUGGACAAACACUGGUUGGGAAAGGAAAGCGGCAGAAGAGAAUAUCAGCCAACGAAGGACAUCGCUGAUAUUCUGAAUCUCGUCCGUCUUCUUUCAAGUACAUUCCACGUGCGCGGUUGGUUGCUAAGAAGCGCAAGCAAAACUGAUGACGAUAAGGAUGCUAAUGAUGCUCCACCGUGCGCCCCCAGCACGAUAAAGAGCACGCUGAAGAGCAAAUCGUUGGGUGCGGGUUCGGAUGCAACGGACCGAGAUAGAAACAUAAAUAUCGUCUAAUUUGAAUUCCCUUAUACUGAGCGGUGCCGAGGUACCACCGUGCAGGAGGCAAAACAGGACAUUAAAGUGCAACCCUUUUGCCGUUGGAAACCGGAACGAGAGAGACACGAAAGGUACUAGUGCACUGCAAAAACAGCAGCAUCGGUGUCCCUUUUUUCUCGGUAAUUCGUUCGAUCGAAGCAAAGAGGACGAAUACGAAAGCAAACAAAAAAAGGAGAUCAUUGUGCAUCCCGUACCCAACGGUUAGGCUCGCGCACAAAUUCCCUUUCCAAGCAAGGCGUGUGGUUUAGGUAUCGCGUUUGGCAUGUUUAUGUUUAUGUUACUAAAACGAUAAGCCCGAAAUCCCGUUCGAACCGGUUGGGCAACCGCUGACGAUGACCGAACAAUUAGCCGGGUUAGCGAGGUCAAGCCAGCCCCAGUGUGAUAGGGCACCCGGUCGAAGGCUACCCAGUUCGAUGGUUCGAUGCGACGGACAGCGUCCAAGCUGAGAGAGAGAGAGAGAGCGAGAGAGAAGCCCAAACCUGGAGGAUUUAUUUGUCCGUGUGGGUUAGUGCGUGUUUGGUGCCGUUCGCAGGAAGACAGUGACGGGCAAGAUGCAUGCGCAAUCACGGGCCCAUCGGAAGCCGCCCGACGUGGAGGAGGCACUGUCCUCGAUGCUCUGGACGCCGUACGACAACAACCUUUCCGAGUCGGACUCGUCGGACGAGACGGAGGUGCUACAGCGGGGCAACGGCAACCACAACGGCUAUAGCUUCUUCGGAACUGGGGCAAACCCAGACCACCGGCGCCAAACGCCGCAGCACCAGCAACAGUCACUGAUGCGAAGAAGUCUUUCCGCGUGGAGCUAUCGGACCAGCAGGACGACGGGGGGCAAACCGGCGGCUCCGGGUGACGGUGAGGCAUUGGGCAGUCGGUUUAGCUAUCCUUAUUAUGAUCAGCCCGAGCUUGGCUUUGGUGCAUUCGAUGGUGCCGAUUGGUAUGGGUACGGCAGUGGUUCUAGCAUCAACAACAACAACAACAGUAGCAGCAACCACUACUACGGCUACGGCUACCCGGGCGGCAUUGAUGGCAGUUCCUAUGGUUAUGCUGGCCUCGGCCAGCCGGUAACUAGCAGCAGAAGUUCCUACAGUUUUCUACCGCCACCGAGGGUGGACGAGCGACCGGCGUCGACCGCACCUUGGCAAACGCUGACGGUCGCCGGUGCUGCGGACGGUCGCAGCAACAUCGAGAAGCGGCGACGACCUACGUACCUGCAGCUCCAGACACCGUUCGUUGGCCGGUGGCAGGCGGGGGUGGGACCCGCCCAGCUGGAGACAUCUUCCCUGCCGUACAGCUUGCUUGCACUGGACAGCCACGGUGGUGGUGUUGGUGGUGGUACAACCGCAGCAGCAACUGCAGCAGCGAGGGAAGUUGACGGCUUUGCUGAUAGCUACCAGGACGAUUAUCAGGUUUACGCCGAUAAUAAUGGUAAUGGGGAGAGGGUGACAGCCGCCGUCGCCACCGCGCCGGAUAGUAGCAACAUGAACAGCAUUAACAACAACACUGAGCGUACCAGCAGCAGCAAUCGCAGCCCGCCGAACGACAGUUUGUGCAUAAUUUCCGCAAUGCUGCGCCGGACGAGCACCACGACAACGGUGACGGGUGAUGGUGGCACCCCCGGAGGAGACCUACAUUUGCCAUCCACCGAACCACGUUGGAAGGGCACCACCGCCACCACCGUAGGGCAACAUAAUUCCACCAUAGCAACGCCGUUGCUACCCUUGCAGCACGCUGGCUGCGGUGGUAUUGGUGCGCUCGCAGCACCGCUCUCACGCACACCAUCGCAGCGAGCCAUGGAAGGGGAAGCAGCGGCCGUGCCGUUCGAGUCCGGUCCGCCAGUGGCGUGCGCCGUCAGCGCGUUUAAUUGUGUGCGGCAAGCGAACGCAGCAACAUCGACGUCGGUGCGUCGUGCGGACGGUGCGCAAGCGGAUCGUGUACGCAGCAGUGAGAUCGAUCGCGUCGUAACAGAGCAGCAGCAGCAAGUGGUGGUGGUGCAUAGUGGGGAAGGAAGCGGAGACGGCGACCGUCCCGAGCAGCUUUCCGUGGCGAUGCGGCUGAACGUGCCGGCGGCCGGGCUGGCCGAGGGCGGCAGCCGGACCAGUGUGUACAUUCCCGCCGAGGGGGAGGGCCCGCCCGCGGCCGGUGUGUCGCUGCCGGCGUUGACGAUCCAGGUCAAUCGGCUCGAUCCAAACAAUCAGCAGCAGAAUGAUGUGGUUAACAAUGCGGCGUCCGGCGUGAGCAUAGUGAGCUGCUACCGGGCGGCCCCGGUGGCCAGCGGCCCGCAAGAGCCGGUGGAGUGUGAAGGGGGGCAGGGUGCCGCAGAGCAACAGUGCAGUGUGGUGGUGCGCCCCGAGCCGGCGGCAGGCAGUGAGCAGCAGGGCGGUAGUGUAAAUACGAGUGAGGCGGCCGUCGAGCCGAUGGUGCAAGUUUCUAGUGUCGAUCAGUCGAUCGAAUCGCCCGGGGCAGGGCGCAACGGUGCGAGUGAGUGUGGGGAGGGGGGCAAUCGAAGUGCACAGAGCAGUGGGGUCGCAACGCCUUCGCGUACCUUUACGUCUACCGAGGCGCAAACGGAUGACACAAUCCAGCAGCAGCAGCAGCAGCAGCAGCAACAGCAACAUCAGCAACCGCAGCAACAGCAACAGUCACCUCAACCAGCGCAUCUUCUGCUGCAGCAUCCGGGGUUCAUCGGCAGCCCGGCGGUGGCCGCGGAACCGCUCGUGACGACCCUGCUCGGCCCGCCCGGGUCCGAGUUUAGUACGCGCGAGCAUCGGCGGCGUGAGCGACGCGAGCGGCGGCAGGCGCGCAACCGGCUCCAGCACAUCCAUCCGCUGGAACCGCCGGUACCGCCGGCACCGUUGCACCGGUCGCCGCCGCCGAUCGAGAUCAUACCCGACAUUCUGCACAGCCAUCUACCACCGCCGUACACGACCCUGCCGAUGGGAGCCUCCCUCCUGCCGCAGAUGAUCCCGGCGAAUGCGGUCGCGGCCGCCGCCGCCGCCGCCGCUGCCAUACCGGUCCGGGCUGCCGAUGAUUGCCGCUACACGUUCCCGAUACCGAUCAUGCGAAGCUCACCAUCGGAACGGUCGCGAAAGGGAUGCUGCGGCCACUGGUUCGCGGGACCACCGCUGCGGGCGCUCAUUGCCGUCGUGGCGCUCGGGGGCGUUGCCUGUGCGUUGGGCGGUGCCGCCCUCGGUGCGACGGGUUUGGCCGGUUCACCAACGUCUCAUCUUACCGCUGCCUUAUUAAUGAUAGGUGUUGGAGUGAUUCUAGUAACAGUUAGUGGUGCAGCGUGGCGUAUGACGGCACCGGGCGCGCCGCCCUGUCUCGGCCUCGGCUCGACCGUUGACCUGGGACGCUGCUCGAGGCGACCGUGCGGCCGGGGCGGCAGCACACCGCACGGGUUGCUCUAUCCCGAGUUCCAGCAUCGGCCACCGCCACCAUCGUACCAGGCCAGCAUGCAGGAGUACAGAUUAAGGUUGCUGCUGCUGGAUCGGGACAGACAGUCGGGCCGGAUGCGAAGUACGGCCUCACCACCACCGACCUACCGUUCCAACGUGGGAAGCCUUUUAAGAAUACCCCUCAGCUCGCGGUACAACAACGGCAGCAGCAACAGCAUAUUCGGUGGCAUUAGCGGCAUUAUCAGCGGCGCCGUCGGUGGCGGCUCGAGCAACAGUGUGAACAAUGUGGCCGCCCCGCCAGCAGUGCCAUCGGGCGGCCUGCUCCAGGUGAGCAGCUCACCGAACCCGUACGGUGCCGCCGACGGCCAUAGCACGCUACCGCCGAGCUACCGGUCGGUGCAUCCGAACCACGAACCACCUCAGCAGCAGCCAUCGAGGCAGGCGCCCACACUGCCAGCAGUCAGUACGAGCGAUGCGCACCCCGGCCUAAUAAGUGAUGCUAAUACUACGCAACCCACCGGUGGACCGCUGCUCCGCACGACGACGACAACGACGACGGGUGUGAAUCAUCAUCAUGCACCGUCCAUAAUUAAAAUCGACGAUCGAUGCGCUCCGACGACGACGACGAUGCCGGACAAGCGAAAUUCAAUUCCCGGCAGCGUCGUCGCUCUAAUUGAUACAGUGGGGAGUAGUAGCAGCGAGGAGAAGGUGGCGUUUAGUGCGGUCCACGAUGCAGGCACUAAGGAUUGUGACGUCACCCCUCCCGGAACCGUGCUGGCGGGGAAUAAUGUUGCGAAGGAUCUGGUUACGAUUGUUACCAUAUCGGGCACGAUCGAACCGUCCGGCCGGUCGGUUUACACCAGCAACAGCAACAGCAGCAACCCACUGGCCGGUGCCAGUGGUGGUGCCACGUGUACAUUAUUAAACUCUAACUCGACGCCACUGCUGGCCACGGUUAUACCGGUCAGCAAAUCCGCAACCGCAACGGCAUCAUCACCCAGCGAAGCAGCCGCACCCGCAGCAGCGGUGGGUGGCAGUGAAGCGCCACUAUAACCUGGAAAUGCCACUACGGAAGGGCAGUAAAGGGGUGUUAUUUUCGAGGGGGAGACACAGUAGAAAUGUGAACCACACAGUUACCGGAAAAGAGUGUACGGCGUUUGAUAGAGAGAGAAAGAGAGGAGCAGUUAUCCCCCGUACCCUGAUAAGCCAUGAAAAUCUAGUUUUUUUUAUGUGUGUGUACAACCCCCCUUCAUCAUUCACACCACUCCCUGUGUGUUGCAUUGUGGCUGACUUCCUGGUUUUGCGAACGCCCUAAAACGCCCCUCCCCCCCCCUCCCCCCCAAAAAAAGCUGCCAUCCGAUGGGGUUUGGUUGAAACUUUCCCGAGCUGGUUUCGAGGGACAAGGCUGCUGUGGCUGGCCGGGAAGGGUAAAGAUUAGGCGACCAUUCCGGGAAACACCUCGAUGUUGCCGUUCGCCGAAUGCUUUGGAUGAGAGUGCUUGAAUCAUUAAACAUGUAACAUUGGGAUUUCCGUAGAGCUGUAUAGACGAGAACGACAACGACAAAAGAGCCACCUAAAGGAGUAGGACGGAUAUAACAAGUGAAGAGGCAGCCACCACAAAGGCAAAGAUCUUUCCCAUCCUCACCCUACUAUAUCUCCCACUGACACACAAACACACACAUACAGAGCCUAAGAUGUGGGUCUUUUGAAUCCUCCUUUUACGUCACAGCGUAAGUGUCCACUCCAAAGCGGCCGGCUAAUCCUUUUGGUCCACCAUCAAACUGCUCCUUCCCUCCUGGAAAAGCACAAUAGCCGGUGGGCGAAACUGCCCAGAAUACACACACACACCCAAACCAGCAACACCAUCACGAUGGGAUCGAAUGCCGGGGGAUAAUGUGUGUGUGUGUGUGACCCUUUAGUCGUAGCCCACAGAAAGCGGAAAAGCGCGCAGCCGAAGUAAAAUAGAUUAAUUUUUAAUUUAAUAUGUGCCUGAAUUAUGAAACACAACCGCGCACACGGUCACACAUACACACGGGGACCUCCCCCACCCCGUUGGAUUGGGUGGCCAUUUUUUCUGCUCACACUGUGUGCUGGGAAUGCUGCGAUGGGUCAAUUCAAUCCUUCUCCUCCCCUCCCAGCACAAAACCGAAAACGUACGAACGUUUAUUUUUAUGGUUUUCGAUAUUAUAAUUUGUCCGUUCCGUUCCUUCCUGGAAUGUCCUUUUUGUGCCGACCAGCAAUAAAACGACGGUGGCCAAUAAAAAAACAACAAACGGGCGCUUAAAAUGGUCACGCCGAGAUUGACUUUUUUCCAGCCUACGGGGAGGGUUGUGCUAUUUUGUGGGUGUUGAAACGUGUGUGUUUGUGUGUGUAUGGUUAAGUGGAGCUUACACUCUAUCGGACGUUUCAGCGCUAUCGCUAUCUAUUGUUUCCUCCUUUUCCACUUUUGGGUUGGCUUUUUAUCAAUCUUUCUUUACAACAAAAAGAACACACAUUGUUUCGGGCGCAAAUUGUUGUACAGAAGGAGCAGUGAGUUGCAAACAAUCCAGUAGGAACACUUGCAUAUACAUAUAUAUACAUACAUACAUAUAGGACACUAAAAGAGGGCAACUAUAGAAAGAGAGAGAGAGAGAGAGAGAGAGAGAGAAAGGGCAACGCAUAUAGAGUAGAAUCGUUUUUAUUGUUAGUAAUUUAAUGCAAACAAAUAGUACCGAGAGAGAGAGAGACGGGAAUGAAUGCAGCUAUGUUUCAACGGUUUAAUGCACGUGUUUAGUGUUGCAGCAAAGGAAAUAGAGACAUAUGGCGGAAGAAAGCAUGCAAAGUACUGAGUAGUAUCUCUGUGUGAAGAGUGCGAGUAUUGUAAAGAGAGAGAGUGAGAGGGUUAAACGAUGAGCUGGAUAGAAGGUGUGUGUGUGGCGGUGGUGAAUGUUAACUCAUCAUAUUUUCAUUUUAUAUGUAACCAAAGAGCAUGAAAGAAAAUAAAGAGCGAUAAAUUCGAAACAUUAAA